AUGGAAUCAAAAAGAGAGGGAAAGCAGCAGAAAUUCAACUUGAUGGUCCACACAAGAUUUGGGCGCAACAAAACCAACAAGAACCAAGACCCCAAGGAAGAAAUAGCUGGAAAUGCAGGACAACAUUAUGGAUCACAAGCCGCUUUAGCUAUUGAAGCAUACACUGAUUUUCCCCACCUAAUAUCAGUCUCUCUAAAUGGGAUGUGCAAUGAAGCAUAG